CGUCCUCCCCACCGCGCCACCAACCCAGCCAGCCAAACCUCGCCGCCGAUCCCAGAUCUGCCUCCCUCCGCCGCACCGGCUCGCCGCCACCGCCUCCUUCCCUCUCUCCCGAUCUCAGGAGAGACAUGAUGGCAUUGCCUCGCGCGGCCGCCCUGCUGCUCCUCCUCCUCGUGGUGGUGGUGGCGGCGCCGCUGCUGUGCGCCGCGCAGAGCCCCAUCUCGCAGCCGCCGUCGUCCGGGGCGCCCACCGCGUCCCCGCUCCUCCGCCCCGACGCCGACUCCGAAGACGGCGACAACGGAUCCGCUGUGCCCCCCUCCCUUGCCCCUGUCGCCGCGCUCUCCCCUGGCGAGGACAAGGCGGCGGCGGCGUCCCCUCCGGCGCCCACCGAGACGUCCCCCGCCGAGGCCCCCUCCUCCGCGCACUCGCCGGCGCCGUCGCCGUCCCUGCACUCGGCCGCCUCCGCCCCAUCCCCCGCGCCCGCCGCCGACAAGGGAGGCGACGACGACGAUUACAGCGGGAAGAAGAAGGGGCAGGCCCCGGCGCCCGCCCCGGCGGCGAUGGAGGUGAAGGCCGACACCGGCGCCGAGGCCCAGCCGCAGAAGGGCGCGGAGGGGCGCGAGGAGAUGAACGGCGGGAAGAAGGCCGGCGUGGUGGUGGGCGUGUUCUCGGCGGCGGCGGUGCUGUGCCUGGCCGGCGUGGUGUACCGGAAGCGGCAGGCCAACAUCCGGCGGUCCAGGUACGCCGACUACUCGGCGCGCCUCGAGCUCGUCUGAUCGGCGACCGCUCCGUCCGUCGGUCCGUCCACCGGAGAUGAGCGCUACCGCGUAUGGUAUGGAGAUCGACGACUGGAGAUGCGAUCCUGGCUCUGUGAUCUGUCAAUGUGCCCGGCCGGCAGGCCACACACAUACAGUACGUAUUAUUUUGAUCUGUGUUACUCUGAUUAAUUAGAUUCAUCUUGGCUUGGGGCUCGGAGAUUAUUACAUAAAUACUUAUUCUUUGAUUAGUGGGAGGUUGAGAUGUAUCGAGGAGAGCAAUAACCAUUGAUGUGGUGGAAGAGAAAAUGAUACUGCUUACUAGAGUUUGUUCUCUCUUUUUUGUAUACUACAUACAGAUACAGAAAUUACAGACAUUGCAUUAUACUCUUUU